AGAAGACCGCGAGACCGCAGCACCCAGACCUGUCGCGAGCUCGGCACGAUUGAACUGCGCAGGCUUUGGAUGCGCAUUCGAUUUACCUCACCGGAACUGACGGUGGGAAGUUAGAGGCGAGAUUGCAGCAAAGUGUCCCCGCCCCUGUCCUCCGGAGGGUGCUCGAUUCGUGUUUAAACGAGCGCACCCAGAUUAGAGGACUCCACAGUGACAGAGAGCCUGGAACUAUAACGGCGCUUGGAGAGGGAGAGAGGACCACGAAGCAUUUCAGACGAUUUCCAAUCGAAAUAUCCAGAUACAAGGCCUCAGUGCAAGGGCUAUGAUGGGGAGGUUGUAUGAGUUCACGCUUUUGGUCCUCCUAGCCAUAUUUCUCUUGAACACUGAAUCAACAUGGGCCAAGAAAGGCAGCAGCAGCAGCAGCAGCAGCAGCAGUAGCAGUAGCAGCAGCAGAAAAACAUCAUCAUCAUCCUCCUCCAGCAACAGGGGUGGGACACAAUCAAAACCAUCCAGCUCUCAGCCGGGAAACUACCCAAGGCAGCCACAAAGUCCCAAUCGAAACCCCAAUCCAUAUCCUGGUGGUGGAAGUUAUCCAGGAGCUGGCAACACUAAUCCAGGAGGCUACCCAAGACAAAACCCUGCAGGUAAUCCAGGAGCUGGUGGUUACCCCAACCAGUAUCCUGGAAGAGCCAAUCCUGGAGGGUAUCCAAACCAGAACCCUGCUGGAGGGUAUCCAAACCAGAACCCUGCUGGAGGGUAUCCAGCAGCAGGUGGGUACCCAGCAGGGUCUCCAAACCAAAACCCAGGGAGAGGGAAUUAUCCAGCUGCUGGAGGCUAUCCAGCAGGUGGAAGUUAUCCCAAUCAGUACCCAGGCAGAGCUGGUACCAACCAAGGAGGAUAUCCUAACCAGUAUCCUGCUGGAGGAAAUUACCCCAACCAAUAUCCAGCAAGGAACUAUCCCAAUCAGAACCCAGGAGCAGGCGGCUAUCCAGCGGGUGGUUACCCAGCGGGGGGUUACCCAGCGGGGGGUUACCCAGCCAGAGGGGGUAACACAGGGCAGGGUUGGGGUCAGGGUGGUGUGAAUCCUGGUGGUUAUGGGGGCGGUUAUGGGGGGGGAUAUGGCGGUGGGUAUGGCGGUGGGCAUGGUGGUGGUUAUCCAGGUGGUUACCCCAACUGGAACCCAAAUAAUAAGAUUCUCAGUCCCCGCUAUGGUGGAGGAGGCUUUGGAGGAGGAGGCUAUGGAGGAGGUUAUGGGGGAGGAUCCCCUUUCUCUCGUUCAGUUCAGAAUAUGGGAUACCAGCCUAAGUCGUCAGGUUUUGCUAAAAAAGCCAUGUUAGCUGCCGGUGUUGGUGCGGUGGCUGGAAUGGCUGUCGGAUAUGGACUGGGGCGCUUUCCUCGACCACAUUUCAACUUCCGCAAUCCUGAAGAAGAGCAGUACUACAACAACUACAUGUACCGCCGCUACGGCACACAAUCCACAGACCAAAAAGACUAUGGUCGUGAUUAUGAGUUCAAGCCCCCGCCUCGGGCAGAUUCAUACGAUACCUACGUUGAUAAGUGCAUGAAUGAGACCACCCCUCUUAAAGGUCAGGGCAGCUCCUCCCCCGCCACUAAAAGUCAGGGUGGUGAUGAUGAAGAUGACGACACUGUUAGUAUCGAAGAGAUUGGAUACCCAGCUCUAAUUGAGCAAGUGAAGAUCCGGCGCUGUGUCGAACGGUACAUGGAAUACUCCAAGCAAUUUCUGCAGAAACGAAAAGCUGAACAACAAUCCAUGCCAGCUGGAAACAGCUCCCCGAGCUACGGGAUGAUGCAGCUCUUCACUUCUCUUUGUGUACUACUGUCCAGCAUGCUCCUUCUCCAGUAAAAACAAUUAUCCUCCCUAUCACCACACCCCAAAUGGAUCUCUACUUCCUGCAUUUUAUCUGCACGUCCACAUAGUGCUUAAGUAUACUAUCCUCAUUGUAAAACAAUAGCUGUACACUUUCAAGCUUUUAUGGUGAGUAAAUCAAUGACAACACUAGCAAAAAGUAACAGUAAUGUGUAUAUAGUAACAAAAUGAGUCAAAAUUUAACUUUGGUAGGUCAUCAGUUUUGUGAUGUACAAGCUGCACUCAUAUUUUAUGUUUUCCUUAUUUUUCAUCUCUGUGAAUUUGCACUUUUUACUUUACAUUGUGCACUUACUGCAUAGAGAUUCAGGUUGUUUGAGUUGAGUCGUUUGACACUGCUGUUUAAAACAGGAAUGUAACAUUUAGUGUUUUAUGUACAAUAACAUCCAAUUAACAUCAUUACAACAGUCAUUUCAGCGAUACCAGACAAUUUAAAGGAAUGAGUUUUCACUUCUUCUAUUGAUUUAAUAUGUUCUGGUUUUAUUGUAUAUAACAGCAUGUGAAAGCAAGGGUUCCACCUUUAAAUUUGGAUCAAUAUUAACACAAGUGUAGGGAAAGUCGACAUAUUUGGGUUGAAGACUUAUCAUCAUAUAAUUACGUUUGUGCAAGAAAGAAUGAUGCCCUCAAAGAAUUAAAGGCCAGUCAUACAUCAGAAUGGAAUAAUAGAAGUAUUCUUUCCACAAUGUGGUUCACCAGUGGUGUGCUCAUGAUGGGGAUGAAUCUAUCGGGCAAAUUUAGAUCAUUUGAUAUUCUUAGGUUAAGGCGUAUGCACACUUAUGUUCAAGUACUAAACCCUAUUAGUGGUACAUAUUAGAAGAUGAUAUUCUUAAGUACAUUAUUUAAACCACUAUUACGACUUCCCUCAUCGCUGCAAAGCUGUUAAUAAUAAAUCGGACAUGAUGGGAAAUAUCGGACGCCAAUCACACGCAGACAUUCUUUUUAAUAAGCUACAAUUAACAGUUAAACCUUUGCAUGGCAACAUGAGUAAAUAAUAGCCAUACUUCUCAGGUACAUGAUACUCAAACUACUUUGUUUAGAUGUUGAUCUGACUGAAUUAUAUUGGAUUGCAUGUAGUAGCCUUUAACAGUAAAGCGGCAUCAGUCAACAUGUGCUCUUUGAUGUGCAACAGAUGACAUCAUUAGUUGUGUUCUCGUGUUGCUUCCUUACCUGCAGCUGUCAAGAACAAUCUACAUUAUUUAACUUUAAGAUUUUUUUAUGCAAAGAUGGUUUGGUUAAAACUGGAUUUGGUUUUGAAUGGAUAACAUCCAGAUCUGUUCAAGACUUGAAUCCAGAUUUCUGGCAUCCGAGCACUGACUAGCUCUGCUUUACAUUGGUACCAUAACCUUAGUCACCAUCACGCAUGGUCUUGCUUGUCAUCGGUAAGAUAAUAUUUGCACUGUUACCAUAAGCACUGGCAUAAAAAAUGAAAGUUACUGAGGGCGUUGCCUCACUGCUGUAAUGGUUUGCGGAUUCCAAUACUUGGUGCCAACCCUGGAAAUACUCAAGUUCUUGGAGAAUCUCAGUCAUUCUGGUCACAUUUUCCAGGUUUGAGCUGGUCUACACAGGAUGUAACAGGCAUAGGUCAGUUGCUGGCGGGUCUAUAAAUAUCUGUUUAUUCCUCCUGACCCUGCUGCCUCCCUGGCUUUCAUGGCAAAAACAUUUUGUCUCCCUUUUUCCAUCAGAGUGAGUUUAAAGGACCUUUCACUCUGCAGGUUGCGUCAUUGUGUAUAAUGUGAAUCACAUGUACAUUGGCAUAGAUUAAUUUCAAAAUUUGGCUUGUAUUUUUAUCUGCCUGUUGUCAUUUCUUUUAUAUAUCUCUUGGUUCUGAAAGCAUCUUGUGAUUAAAUGUCUGGAAAAUGCUACCCAAGUUAAGAUUUUGCUGGCUAAAUUUGUACUAUUUUCACUAACCAAGGUGUUUUCACUGAUGGUUAAGUUCAGAUUGAAAAUAAUUACACUGGGAUUGUUUAUUAAGUUAAGUCCAGUGUGGUACUGCUCAAAUAAAUUGUACAAUACAGUAUAUCUAGUUGUGGUUUUACAGAGAUGUUCUUACAUCAAUUUCUCUUUUAUUCUCUUCCUACUUUAUUUGUUUUAGUGCUGCAGUACAUCCCAGGGUUUUCCCAAUUCGUUUGUAUUGGCAAAAUGUUCGGGAUUGAUUUUGAAUUAGAUUUUGACACUUUCCUACUAUUUAGGCUGUAGGAUAUCUGUAAAGUGCACUUAUUCCCCUAAAGGAUUAGAAGAGUUUCUGUCAUAGAGCUCAUGUUAUAAUGGACUAACUGUGGGAAUUUUCUGCUCUUCACUUUCUAAUGUAAUCGCUCUGGGUUACUCAUCAAUUACAAUGGCUAAUUGGGUUUGUCAUGGAUGUUAAUGUGUUCAAUAAAAUAAUUAACAAAAGAG